AUGUCGAAAAGGAAUGAGGAGCGUGAAGUACUCACAUCGAUUUACGAUGGUGACACAAAUUUUUCGGCUGUAAAUGAUACAACAUACCAGUACAAAUUUGUAUUGAAUGAUACACAAUUUUAUCUUGUUGAAAUUCAAUGGCCAAAUGAUUAUCCAAAUAUUAUUCCAAAUAUAAAUCUUGAUUUAUUCAGUAAUCGAAUGCUUACAAAUGAAUUCAAAACAAAAUUGAAAGAAAAACUGCUAAGAGAAGCCAGCGAACUUAUCGGAACACCAAUGACGUAUACAUUAUUUGAAAUGGUAAAAGAAUUUCAAUUUGAUGGUGAUAUGUUUCAAACCAGUAUGGUGAAUGCUAACACCAUAUCUACAUCAAACUCAGCAGUAAAAACCGAACCGAAUCCAACAAUAAAAAAAGAACAAUUGAGUAAAGCGCAAAAAAGACGACAAUGGGAUAAAAAUAUAGUGGGCGAAGAUGGACAAAAACCUAGAGGUUGGAAUUGGGUUGAUAUUGUUAAACAUCUCUCACAAACUGGUGGGAAAUUAGAAACAUAA